AUGACAUCAACGACUCCAAAGGGUCCUGGCUCGUCUCAAAAGAAGAUGAAGCAAACUACAUUGCUUUCAUUCUUUUCAAAACAACCUUCAACACCAAGUCCAACUGCUCAAAAGACGAAAAGUGCUAAAGCUGCUGGAUCAACCGACCAUCAAUCACCAAAUGUUAGUGAAUCAAUCAAGAAAAGUUCAAGUAAUAAACUGUUGUUCGUAGGCCAAGAAGAGGAAGAUUCUUUGGUCACAGCUAAUGAACCUGCAACUAGUAAAAAUAAUAAUAAAACAGAAGCAACUAAUAAUUUGACCCCAGGACCAUCUCGAGAGACUAAUGAAUCUACCGAAGGUUCAAGUCACAUUAUCAAUGAUGAUGAUCAGGAAACUGAAACUCCCUUUAAGAGGCGAAGAAAGAAUGUAAGCUAUACGGAAGAUGAUGAUGAGGAAGAAGAUAAUGAGGAAAAUCCAAAAGGAAGAAAAAGAUCUAAAGUUCUAUCAGAUGAUGAAGAUACUUAUGUUCCUAAGGAUCAAAGUGAAGAAGAGUCUGAUUUCAUUGACGAUGGUAUCGAGGAGAACAAUGAUAACGAUAAUAAUGACGAUGACGAUGACGAUGAUGAAAUAUUAAGCUUAGCAAAGAAACCCAAGGCAAAAGUGGAGGUUAAAAGGGCACCAACUCGCCUACCUCCCAAGAAACCGCCUGUUAAAUCUUCAUCUCCACCAAAGCAUUCAGCUUUUAACAAACAGAACGAAGAGAGGUAUCAAUGGCUCGUGGAUGUGCGUGAUGCUCAACGUAGGCCUAAGGAUGAUCCAGAAUAUGAUCCACGUACCUUAUAUAUUCCAUCGUCAGCAUGGUCUAAAUUUACACCAUUUGAAAAACAAUAUUGGGAAAUCAAAUCAUCGAUGUGGGAUUGUAUCGUAUUCUUUAAAAAGGGUAAAUUCUUCGAACUAUAUGAAAAGGAUGCAGCAUUAGCCAAUAACUUAUUUGAUUGGAGAAUAGCCGGAGGCGGUAGGGCUAACAUGCAAUUGGCAGGAAUUCCGGAGAUGUCAUUUGACUAUUGGGCUUCUCAGUUUAUUCAAUACGGUUAUAAAGUGGCCAAAGUCGAUCAGCGUGAAUCGAUGUUAGCUAAAGAGAUGAGAGAAGGUUCUAAAGGUAUCGUUCAAAGAGAAUUACAAUGUGUUCUCACCUCAGGUACUCUAACAGAUGGUAACAUGCUACAGUCGGAUUUAGCCACCUACUGUCUGGCGGUUAGAGAAGAAUCGGGUAAUUAUUAUGAUUUGGAAAAUGGCCAAGAUUUAACAGAGACCGCGGGUAAGAGAAUUUUUGGUGUAGCAUUCAUUGAUACAUCUACUGGUGAAAUAGAGUUGAUCGAAUUUGACGAUGAUAACGAAUGCACAAAAUUGGAUACUAUCAUGUCCCAAUUAACUCCCAAGGAAGUAAUCAUGGAAAAGAGUAAUCUAAGCAAUUUAGCUCACAAAAUUGUCAAAUAUAACGCCGCACCUAAUGCCAUUUUUAACUACGUGAAACCUUUGGAAGAAUUUUACGAUUUCGAAAGAACUUUUGAUGAAUUGACCUCUUCUGAACAUAAAUACUUCCCUGACAUGAACCAUUGGCCUCUAGUACUUAAGACUUAUUAUGAAAAGGGUAAGAAAAUUGGUUUUAGCGCUUUCGGUGGCUUACUGCACUAUUUGAAAUGGUUAAAGCUCGAUGAAAGUCUAAUUUCCAUUGGAAAUAUAAGAGAGUAUAAUCCAAUUAAGUCCCAAAACUCCUUAGUUCUCGAUGGUGUUACACUACAAAACCUAGAAAUCUUUACGAAUUCAUUCGACGGUACAGAUAAGGGUACUUUGUUCAAAUUGUUUAACAAGGCUCUUACCCCUAUGGGUAAAAGAAUGAUGAAGAGAUGGUUAAUGCAUCCUUUGUUACACAGGAGUGACAUAGAAAAGAGGCUAGAUACAGUGGAUUGUCUUCUUUCAGAUACCGAUUUAAGAGACUUAUUGGAAACAGCACUUUCGAAACUGCCAGAUUUGGAAAGGUUAGUGGCAAGAGUGCAUUCCGGUAGCUUAAAUGUGAUGAAUUUCGAUAAAGUAAUCCAAGGAUUUGAAGUCAUAACCAAGUUAAUUAGAGAAUUAACCAAUUACGAAUUGAGGGGCAGUUUGGCGACUUAUGUGAGCAGCGUACCUAGUUCAAUGUUUGAAGAUGUAGACAAUUGGUCCAACGCCUUUGAUCGGACCAAGGCAGUUACUGAAGGUAUAUUAAUACCACAUAGAGGGGUAGAACCUGAAUUUGACGAAUCGUUAGAUAAAAUUAAGGAAUUGGAAAAUGAAUUGGAUGAUUUGCUCCGUACUUAUAAGAAGCAAUUCAAAUGCUCUAGCGUUCAAUACAAGGAUUCUGGUAAAGAGAUAUAUCUUAUUGAGGUGCCUAUUUCAGCAACCAAACACGUACCUUCAGACUGGAUGCAAAUGGGUGCCAACAAAAAUUUCAAGAGAUAUUAUUCAGAUGAAGUGAAACAAUUAGCUAGAUCCGUAGCGGAAGCUCGUGAGCUUCAUAAAGCUCUCGAGGAAGACUUAAAAAAUAGACUUUGUCGAAAGUUUGACACACGCUAUGAAAGCAGCUGGUUACCCACAAUUCAUGCAAUUUCUAACAUCGAUUGUCUGCUAGCUUUGGUGAGAACCUCUGAGUCCUUAGGAUUCCCAUCAUGCAGACCAGAAGUGGUAGAUGAAAAAGAUCUCGAGACUGGUAUUGCACAAAAUGGGUUCGUAAAAUUCAAAUCAUUGAGACAUCCAUGCUUUAACCUAGGUACAACUAACCCUAAGGAAUUUAUUCCCAACGAUGUAGAGUUGGGUAAGAACUUCCCUCAGAUUGGUCUCUUAACGGGUGCUAACGCUGCAGGUAAAUCUACAAUUCUUAGAAUGACAUGUAUUGCAGUGAUCAUGGCACAGAUGGGGUGUUAUGUUCCAUGUGAGUCUGCCGUCAUGACUCCAAUGGAUAAAAUUAUGACAAGAUUAGGUGCUAAUGACAAUAUCAUGCAGGGGAAAUCUACCUUCUUUGUGGAAUUAUCAGAAACUAAGAAGAUCAUGGAUUUAGCUACUAAUAGAUCAUUACUCGUUUUAGAUGAAUUGGGACGUGGUGGUUCAUCAAGUGAUGGAUUUGCCAUAGCGGAGGCCGUAUUACAUCAUGCUGCCACUCAUACUCAGAGUUUAGGUUUCUUCGCAACUCAUUAUGCUACUUUAGGUCACAGCUUUGAGAAUCAUUCAAUGAUACGUCCGCUAAGAAUGGGAAUUUUAGUUGAUGAAAAUACAAGGAAGGUGACCUUCCUUUACAAAUUAGAGGAAGGACAAAGUGAAGGCUCAUUUGGUAUGCAUGUUGCUUCAAUGUGUGGUAUACCGAAGGAAGUUGUGGAUAACGCGCAGGUAGCCGCUGACACUUUAGAGCAUACAUCUAAAUUAAUUAAGGAACGUAAAUUGGCUCAUGAAGAAAUGAAAGGAUUGAUUCCUCUUGGUUUACAGAGUGAUUUUGCACGUCUAGCGUUUGGUGGUGGAUUAAAUAACGACAGAUUGAGUACAGGUGAAAAUGUUCUAGUCUACGAUUCAAACAUCAAACGGAACGUACUCAAUAUAAUCUUUGGCAUAGUUGACAAAUUGGAUUAA